AUGUGCAAUGGCUCCAAGCGAGAUGAUUUUUUAGUCACCGAUGAACUUGCAACACCGCGUGACUCGAAGCAGGUUGAUCUAAUUCUCCCUGAUGACGAUGCUUUCUUACAGGAAGGCGUAACAAGAUAA